UCCUGAAUGGAUUGAGUCUCUAUUCUCCCUUUGGGAAUAAGGGAUGUUCUGUCCUGAUAGUGCAGGCUUGAUCCUAAACAUACUCGGUGGCUAUGAGCUAGGUGUAGUGGCACAAAUCCCAGCGAAGGCACUUGGAUCUCUUGAGUUUGAGGCCAGCCUGAUCUACAUAGGGAGUUUCAGGACAGCCAGAGCUAUACAGAGAAACCCUGUCUCGAAAAACAAAAAAACCAAAAGACCAGGCUUUGAUAAAAUGAUUGGAGAAUUGGGAGUUUAAGUUAAGCUAUAGUUUUGAGAGACUGUAGUUUACAAAGGGCAAGCAAGCAUUUCGGCAUUGAGGCGUGCUGGCAGGCGUCUGUCCCUAGCGUCAUUGCUUAGUUGGGUGUUUUGUUUUCUACGGUCAUCCUGCUCUGAUUCUGGAUCCAGUUACCACUUUAUCUUCAUGCAGAGUCAAACUCAUUCCACCAAGGUUUCCACAUCCAGUUCUGAGUAAUAAAUAUGCUGUGUGUCCUAUUUGUGGACAUUUCUGUCCCUUACAGAGACAGAAGAGGGGAGGUGGUAAAGAUGCUUUAUUUUGGUAUGAGAAAGGACUGAACAUGGGUACAGUGUGACACAUGAAAGCUUGACUGUUGAGCUACAUCUCCAGUCUGUCUCCUAUGUAUUUAUUGUAUGUAUUCACUUGAGACUGAAUUCUAGAAGCCUUUGGAUGCUGGCUUUCUGCCUGCACAUUCCCAAAAUCCUCUCUUAAAUACCAUUUAUCACUUCUCAGGGUGAAAUGUCAUCUUCAGAGAUCUUCAACCAGCUGGACAGGCCCUUCCAUGCAGGCACUGAUAAGCUAGCUUUACUCCCAAGCCUCCAAAGGAGGAAUCCUUGGAGAGAGUACUAGAAACACUGAUUCACAUCACAUGAACGUUUGGAAGGGUCUCAAACCAGAGGCCCGAAUCCUGCAGCCAACAACUUGGAUCCUUUACUCUGUGAAGGGUCUCUUGUUAUGUCACAGAAAUGGAGAGGAAACACAGAGUGAACAAACACUAGUCCUUGAAGAUGAAUGGAUACAUGAAAGACUCAACUGAAGCCCUAGGACCGAACAGGGCAAGGAAGAAGAGCAAAUGAAACCGAAGGACCCAACAGCUGACUUGAUGGGAAGACGUCGUCUGGGGCCCCAUGUCUGCCUUUCUGGCUUCGGGAGUGGCUGCUGCCCUGGCUGGGCCCCUUCCAUGGGCAGUGGGCAUUGUACACUGCCCCUCUGCUCCUUUGGCUGUGGGAGUGGCAUCUGCAUCGCCCCCAAUGUCUGCUCCUGCCAGGAUGGAGAGCAAGGGGCCACUUGCCCAGAAGCCCACCAAUCCUGCGGGGAGUAUGGCUGUGAUCUCACCUGUAACCAUGGUGGCUGUCAGGAGGUAGCCCGGGUGUGCCCUGUGGGUUUCUUAAUGACCGAGACAGCUGUUGGUAUCCGGUGUGCAGACAUCGACGAGUGUUUAAGCUCAUCCUGUGAGGGCCACUGUGUGAACACAGAAGGUGGCUUUGUGUGUGAAUGUGGGCCAGGCAUGCAACUGUCUGCUGAUCGUCAUAGCUGCCAAGACACUGAUGAGUGCCUCGGAACACCCUGCCAGCAGAGAUGUAAGAACAGCAUUGGCAGCUAUAAGUGUUCCUGCCGCGCUGGCUUCCACCUUCAUGGCAACAGACAUUCCUGUAUAGAUGUAAACGAGUGCCGACGACCGCAGGAGAGGAGAGUCUGUCACCACACCUGCCGUAACACUGUGGGCAGCUUCCUAUGCACCUGUAGACCUGGUUUCAGGCUUCAAGCUGACCGUGUGUCCUGUGAAGCCCUCCCGAAGGCCGUUCUGGCCCCAUCCGCCAUCCUGCAGCCCCGGCAGUAUCCUCCUAAGAUGUCCCUGCUCCUCCCUGAGGCAGGCCGGCCUGCCCUGUCCCCAGGACACAGCCCUCCUUCAGGGGCCCCAGGAUACCCCACUGGAGUUAGAACAGUCAGCCAGCCAUCUACCACCCAAGCCCUACCAACAUUCUUUCCCACACAGUCGCUAUCCACCCCAGCGCCAAGUUCCUCCCCACUGGGGACCCUUGGACGCCCCUCAUUUCUCCAGGGGGAGGCUGUAGGGACUCCUUCCUUACCUAGAGGUCCUGAAAGCCCAAAUCUGGGAGCAGGACCCUCUUCCUGCUGGCACCUGGGAGCCACAUAUGAAUCAGGGAGCCGCUGGAACCAGCCUGGCUGUUCUCAAUGUUUGUGCCAGGAUGGAGAGGUGACCUGUGGAGAAGUAAGGUGUGACUCUACCUGUUCCCAUCCAAUUCCCCCGAGCGAUGGGAGCUGCUGCCCCUCUUGCACUGGCUGCUUUCACAGUGGCGCCAUCCGAGCAGAAGGAGAUGUGUUUUCACCUCCUGAGGAGAACUGUACUGUGUGUGUCUGUCUGGCUGGAAAUGUUUCGUGUAUCUCUCCUGAGUGUCCCCCUGGUCCCUGCAAGGCUUCCCCACAGUCAGAUUGCUGUGCUUGUGUUCCAGGGAGGUGCUAUUUCCAUGGUCGGUGGUACACGGACGGGGCUGUGUUCAGUGGGGGUGGUGACGACUGUACCACCUGUGUCUGCCAGAAUGGGGAGGUAGAGUGUUCCUUCACACCAUGUCCAGAACUGCAGUGCCCCCGAGAGGAGUGGCUACUGGGCCCAGGACAGUGCUGUUUCUCCUGUCGGGAGCCCACACCCACCACAGGAUGCUCUCUGGAUGACAACGGGGUUGAGUUUCCGAUAGGACAGAUCUGGUCGCCUGGUGAUCCCUGUGAGUUAUGCGUCUGCCAGGCAGACGGCUCCGUGAGCUGCAAGAGGACAGACUGCGUAGACUCUUGCCCGCACCCCAUCCGGAUCCCUGGACAGUGCUGCCCUGACUGCUCAGCAGGCUGCACCUACACAGGCAGAAUCUUCUACAACAAUGAAACCUUCCCGUCGGUGCUCGACCCCUGUCUGAGCUGCAUCUGCCUGCUGGGCUCAGUGGCCUGUUCACCUGUGGACUGUCCCAUCACCUGUACCUACCCCUUCCACCCGGAUGGCGAGUGCUGCCCUGUAUGCCACGACUGUAACUUCGAAGGGAGAAAGGUGGUGAAUGGUCAGGUGUUCACCUUGGAUGAUGAACCUUGUACCCGGUGCAUCUGCCAGCUGGGAGAGGUGAGCUGUGAAACGGUCCCCUGCCAGCCAGUCUGUACUGACCCCUCCUGCCCAGAUUCCCUGUUUCCUCCAGAAGAAAAGCAGCAACUCUCCCCUCCUGGAGAUCUUGCCAAAGCUGCACGGAACCCCCGUGGAGACACUGAAGUCCCUGUCAACUGUAGCUCCUGCCCAGGGCCUCCAUCAGCAUCACCUGCAAGGCCCACAGUCCAGCUCCUGCAGUGGCUUUUAAGAACCAACCUGUCUACUGGACUGUCUGCAUCCCCAGGCCCUCCAGUAGCCCAGACCUCAUCCUCACUCCUGUUGGAGCCAGAGGGCGCAUCCCUUGGGAAGCCUGGAGCCUCCCAGCCUCCUGGGCCCUCAGCAGGGUCACCUGUCUCUCCUGGACAUCCCACUCUACCUCCAUCCAUUCCAGGGACUCCUUCAUCACCUGUCACUCCAGAAAGUUCUUCAACCUUUGGGGCUCAGACAGCAUUCCAGUGGCCUCUUUCUGCCACCCCCUUGACUGAGGCAGAAAUACCUUCAAUGGCUGAUGCUGACCUCUCAGAGACCCUCACCACCUCUUUGAGGCCUCAAAGACUCUCUGCAGCUCUCCCAGACACCCUUAACCCUGUUCCCCAACAGUCCACAACUGACAUCUCGAAGAAGGAGGACUCUACCAUCUGAGGGGAUCACAAUGCCUGGGACAUGCCAGAUUGAGCUCUCUGCUGAUGGCCUAGUAUGUGUGUGACUGCAGGGGUAAAACUGGUGGGAUGUUCAGAGAAGACCUUAGAAUAAGAUGGUCCAUCUAUAAAUCAAGGAGAGAGGCAGCAGAAGAAAUAACCCAACACCCCUUGGCUUUGGACUUUUAGUCUCCAGAAUUGUGAGAACAUGUGACCCCUGCCCUUGGCUGUGUUGGUUCCUGUGGCCCUGGCACACUGAGUCAGCAGUACUGCCUCACUCAGGCAGAGUCAUGCCUAGGGUGAUCCUGUCAGUGUACACUUGUGACAUUAAUGUCACAUAUCCAUCCUAGAAAUGUGUUUGGAGUUGUCUGUUAUCUCUAUCAUUAUGCUUUAUUUUCAACACUGAUUUCACGUAAUAUUCAUCUCAA